CACAAAAUCCUUAUACAAGAAGCAAAACGGAGUCAAGACGCGAUCAAAACACCCAAAAAAGAAAAAUAAAAAACCCAAUUUCUUAGCCCUAAUAUCUUCAAACCCUUUCAGGAUCAAAUCUUUCUCUGCGAACGAAGAGAAAAAAAAAAAUCCGGCCAUGGGAAACACCGAGAAGCUCUUGAACCAGAUCAUGGACCUGAAAUUCACGUCCAAAUCGCUGCAACGCCAGUCGAGGAAGUGCGAGAAGGAAGAGAAAUCUGAGAAACUGAAGGUGAAGAAGGCGAUCGAGAAAGGGAAUAUGGAUGGAGCUCGGAUCUAUGCCGAAAACGCUAUUCGCAAGCGCACCGAGCAGAUGAACUACCUCCGGCUCGCGUCGCGUCUCGAUGCUGUCGUUGCUAGGCUCGAUACCCAGGCUAAGAUGACCACCAUUAACAAGUCCAUGGGUAAUAUCGUCAAGUCUCUCGAAUCUUCCUUGGCCACUGGCAAUUUGCAGAAGAUGUCAGAGACAAUGGAUCAAUUCGAGAAGCAAUUUGUGAACAUGGAGGUCCAGGCAGAGUUUAUGGAGAGUGCUAUGGCUGGUUCUACUUCAUUGUCCACACCAGAAGGUGAAGUCAACAGCUUGAUGCAGCAAGUGGCUGAUGAUUAUGGGUUGGAGGUCUCUGUUGGGCUGCCACAGCCAGCUGCUCAUGCUGUGUCAACCAAGACACAGGAGAAGGUUGAUGAGGAUGAUUUGUCAAGGCGGCUUGCAGAUCUUAAGGCUAGAGGUUAAAAAUGGUGGAAUUGAUUUGAAUUAUCUUAUGAUGUAUAAUAACACAAUGAUGUCUGGGAUUAAAUGCUGCUUAAAGAUCUUAUUCUAUGUGUAAAUUUAACUGAAUUUGGUUUAUCUUUAUAAUGCAAUGUGUGUUUCAUAUCAA